GACUGACCGAGGCUUCCAAAUAAUCUCCUCCCGUCCAACCCCUAAACGAAAGCACCAAGAAGAAGCAGCGACACGACAUCCCUCAUCUUGCCGCCAUGCUCAACCUGGGCGCCGAGAGGCCGCCGCCGCAGCUGGCGACUGGCACCGCCGAGAAAGCCCUCUCCUUCCUCUCCAAGGGGUGGCGCGAGGUCCGCGACUCCGCCGAUGCGGACCUUCAGCUCAUGCGCAAGAGGGCCAACUCCUUCAAGAACCUCGCCGACCGCGAGCUGGAGCACUUCCUCAACUCGGCCGCGAUUCCCCCCUCCGGCGCGGCGUUGCCGUCGCCCUCCAUCGCUGAAUUCGAGCUCGUGAAGCGGAUCCAGCCGAAGCUGUCGGCGAUUCGGCGGGCUUACUCGUCGCCGGAGUUUGGCCGGAGGGUGCUGGAGAAGUGGAGCCCUAAGGCGACCAUCCGGCUCGAUCUGUCAGCCAUUAAGAACGCGAUCGUCUCGGAGGUCGAUGAGGUUGGAGCGGCUCUGGAUCUCAGUUGGGAUGAGGACCAGAGUAAGGAAAAGAUCAUGUGGGAGGAGGGGAGGGCGGAGAUUGUUGAGGAGGGCAAGGGAUGGGAGCCAAUUCGGAUUCUGAAGACAAGGUUGAAGGAGUUUGAGCGGAAGAGCCAAUCAACUGAGAUAUUUGGGACCUUCAAGAGCAGCGAGUUUAUCGAGAAAGUAAAAUUGAGCCUGCAAUCGAUUUGCAAGGAAACUGAAGAAUCAACGGAUGUUCCACCACUGGAUAUUCCAGAACUUCUGGCACAUAUUGUCAAGCAAUCUUGGCCAUUAUUUGAUCAUCUUGGUAUUCGACGUGACAUAUAUGUAAAAAUGGUCGAAACUUUGUGCAGCAGGCACAGAGAUCAGGUCAUGUACCAUCAUUCUCUCUAUGCCAAGGAAGAGUCCUUAUAUGAAAACGAGAAAAUCAGUGAUGAACUUGAUUUAAGGAUAGCCAGUGUGCUUCAUAAUACAGGGCAUCAUUAUGAAGGGGGAUUUUGGACUAGUUUCAUAAAGAAUGAGUCAGCAGACAGAAAGCACCAUGUUGCAAUAGUAACAACUGCCAGUCUACCAUGGAUGACAGGAACUGCUGUAAACCCAUUAUUUCGAGCUGCUUAUUUGGCAAAGUCUGCAAAGCAAGCUGUCACACUGGUUGUUCCUUGGCUUUGCAAAUCAGAUCAGGAGCUAGUUUAUCCUAACAACUUGAGCUUUAGUUCUCCUGAAGCACAAGAAGCUUAUAUACGAAAUUGGCUGGAGGAGAGGGUUGGCUUUAAGGCAGAUUUCAAAAUAUCUUUUUAUCCAGGAAAGUUCUCAAAAGAAAGGCGAAGCAUAAUACCUGCUGGAGACACUUCACAAUUUAUUCCCUCAAAAGAAGCUGACAUUGCCAUAUUGGAAGAGCCAGAGCACCUGAACUGGUACCACCAUGGAAAGCGCUGGACGGAUAAGUUUAAUCAUGUUGUUGGCAUUGUGCACACAAAUUACUUAGAGUACAUCAAAAGAGAGAAAAAUGGAGCUAUCCAAGCAUUUCUUGUGAAACAUAUAAACAAUAUGGUCACUAGAGCAUACUGUCAUAAGGUUUUGCGUCUUUCUGCAGCAACACAGGACUUACCCAAGUCUGUUAUUUGCAAUGUUCAUGGUGUAAAUCCUAAGUUUCUUAUGAUCGGAGAAAAAGUAGCAGCUGAGAGGGUGCAUGGGCAGCAGGCAUUCUCCAAAGGAGCAUAUUUUCUAGGAAAGAUGGUUUGGGCAAAAGGUUAUCGGGAACUGAUAGAUCUGUUAGCGAAGCACAAAAGUGACUUGGAAGGUUUUAAGUUAGAUGUAUAUGGAAAUGGCGAGGAUUCUCAGGAAGUUCAAUCUGUUGCCAAGAAGUUGGACCUGAAUCUUAACUUCCUUAGAGGAAGGGAUCAUGCAGACGAUUCACUUCAUGAGUACAAAGUUUUUGUAAACCCUAGCGUCAGUGAUGUCCUGUGCACAGCAACCGCAGAGGCUCUUGCCAUGGGGAAGUUUGUUAUUUGUGCCGAUCACCCAUCAAAUGAAUUUUUCAGGGCAUUUCCUAACUGUUUAACUUACAAGACCUCAGAGGAUUUCGUUUCUAGAGUGAAAGAAGCAAUGGCCAGUGACCCUCAACCACUUACCCCUGAGCAGAGACAUAACUUGUCAUGGGAGGCUGCAACCCAGAGGUUUAUGGAGUACUCUGAGCUUGACAAAAUCUUAAACAAUGAAGAACCCAUGAAUGGUGACAAAGCAAUUUACGGCCGGAAGAUCAAGAAAUCAAUUUCCAUGCCAAGUUUGUCAGAUGUGGUGGAUGGGGGUUUGGCAUUUGCUCAUUAUUGUUUCACGGGAAAUGAAAUAUUGAGGUUAACCACAGGCGCAAUACCUGGGUCACGGGACUACAGUAAGCAGCAUAGUGUUGAUUUGCGUCUUUUGCCACCUCAGGUUCGAUAGGAAGAUCCAGCACGGAAGGGCCAAUUCUAGCAUCUUCUCAUGAGGAUGGUAAAUAUUAUGCUGAGCAGGUGCAACAAAUAAAUAUAUAAUGUUAUGAAGCUCCUGUACUCUGAUAAAGACUUAGCAGCAGAUAGAUAAGCAUGGUAAAUUCAGUUGUGUAACUUGCAGUGCUUGACUUGUGUGGCGUUUGCUAUCGGAAAAUGUUAGUUAUCGACGACUAUUGAGCAGGUCAGCUCUUACAUGGCUCAUUGUGCCUUUUAGAGCUUUCUCCAGCAAAAUUUUUAUUGUUUGUAUGACCUGUUCAGCAGAGGCAAAGUUUAUAAAGACCCACUUGGAAGGCAAAUUAUAAAGACCUAAUACCUUGCAUUUUA